AUGUUGCUGCGUGAGCCUCCCAGAAUUCAAAGGAAAGCACGGAUGGAACAUGAACGAGCUGUACACGGACGCGGAAGAGUAAGUGAAAACUCUGGAAAGCGCCUCGGAAGCUCGCAAUCUAACGGCGUAUCGAGGCAUAAAUGCGAGAGAGUUGGGCAUCUCUCCCGACACAGAACAACUCAUCCACGACUCAUUCCGCGGAAUUUGAACCAUGUAUCCGAAAAGGCGGCGGAGCAUAAACUGGGCAAAAGGGAGCUCAAAUUAUAUACCAACAGUGGAGUUUGCGCCAUUCGUGGACAAGGAUGGAAUAGCAUGCCUUUCAAGCACCCAUCUACUUUUCAUACGCUCGCACUCGAUCCAUCCAUAAAGAAAACAAUUAUAAAUGAUCUUGAUCGAUUUAAGGCCGGAAAAGAUUUCUACCGACAGAUCGGUCGCGCCUGGAAACGCGGUUACCUUCUUCAUGGCCCUCCCGGAACGGGCAAGUCCAGCUUAAUUGCCGCCUUGGCAAACUACAUGAAAUAUGACAUCUAUGAUCUUGAACUCACUAAGGUCUCUCAUAACCAGGAGCUUCGUGCCCUUCUUACUCAGACCAAUGAAAAGGCCAUCAUUGUUAUCGAGGAUAUUGACUGCUCGCUUGAUCUUACGGACAGAGAGUGCAAGCAGCGAAGUCAACUUACCCUUUCUGGUUUGCUCAAUUUUACGGAUGGAUUGUGGUCUUGCUGCGGUGAGGAGCGUAUUAUUAUCUUUACUACUAACCACCCUGAACAUCUCGAUCCCCCUCUUCUUAGAUGUGGGAGAAUGGAUGUCCACAUUGAACUCUCUUACUGCAACUUCGCUGUUUUUAAAAUUCUCGCUUUCAAUUAUUUGAGAAUUGAAGGUCACGAACUUUAUGCUUUGGUGGAGGAGAAGAUCGCUUCCGGGGCCGAGAUGACUCCCGCUGAAAUUAUAGAAAUUCUGAUGAGUAAAGUGGACACUGCUGACGAAGCAAUGAGCAAUGUGGUUAGUGCUCUGGAUGCCAAAAUUAGGAAAAAUGCAUCACGAAGGCAGAGAUAA